UGGUUUGGGAGGAUGCGAGGACAAUAGGAUUCAAGGAGUGUGGUGUUCUGUGAGAUUAUCAGUGCGGAACCUGAUGAUAAGGACUUGCCCCAUUGUUUAACCCCAAUCGUAUCUGCGUCGUACACCUGGGAGACUGCAGAAACACACGAUGGAUUCAGCCCGCCGAACGGAGGGGGAUGGCAUGGAGCAUGAGGCACUCGCGGCCUCGCAGACUGGCGGAAAGCGUACUUCAUCGGUUUCCUCAACUACCUCGUCGACAACGGCGGGAUCACUGCUCUCGGAUAUCAAACUGCCGGCCAAUCUCUCGUUCGAACGGCUGCUGCCUCACGCUGGCCCCAAUCCGGUGUACCGUCCGACGGAGCUUGCUGCUGGUGGACGAACGUCACUACCGGCCGUCCAACCGCGAGGGAAAGUGUUCAACCUAGUGCCUCGUCUCGUUUCCCACGGUGGCCAACCGAAACCGGCCACGUCGUUGCACAGCAAGGAACCCAAGUUUGUACCGUUCGAACCGUACAAGGGAGCCGUAACACCGAUCAUCCCUGGACCGCACUGUAUUCCCGGUGGAGGAACGCGUGUUAAGCUGGCGAACCGUAACAACCUCGACCUGAACGUGCUGGUCUCACAAAUGUCCACGAUGACUGACAAGGAACUGCGGUCGGUUGGCACUGACCCAUCGAAGGUGGACGCGGAGACGGCACAGAAGGAGCGGUACGAACACGAACUGGAGGAGCUGCGCAAGGAGCGUGACUACUUUCAGGGACAGCUCAAGUUCCAGGCUCAGGUCAACUCGGAGCUUAAGAAUCUGCUGGUGGCCGCCGUCGGUGAAGAUCUGCAGACGAAAGUGAACGUGCUGACGGAGGACAAACUGCACCUGGCCCGCAAACUGCUAAACUCGGCCGAGAACCUCUCUUCGCACACGGAGCAGAUCGAGUUUCUGGCCGGACAGAGCGAAGUGUGGCGCAGUAAGUUCCUGGCCAGCAGUCUCAUGGUGGAGGAGUUGGCCCGCUGGAAAGCGAGCCUGUUGCAGCGCAAUGGACUGCUGCUCGCGUCGAACAAACAGCAGCUCGAGGUCAUUUCGAAGGUGCGCGAAAUGGUGAUCGAUGUGCUGCGUCAGUUACGUUUCCUGGCGAACGCGAAAGAUCCGCUACAGUUGCAAUCGGCAACCGUGCUCGAUCUGGUGGCGGAGUGUGUCGACAUUGCACAGCAGCUAGCGCUGCAGCACCCGGGCCUCGGCAUCCCGGACAGUCUUGAGGGGAGUCUGGCGGGACUCGAGAGCAUGACCGAGGCGGAACGGUUGGCCGUCCAGGCACUGCAGUGUUCCAAUCAAGCGCUCGUACCAACGGACGACGCAUUUCGGGCGAUCGUCGGCCAAGCCUUCCCGUCCCUACACUCGAUGCGAUCGAUGCAGCAACAGCCACAGCAACCAGACACACCGCCUACUCCGACCAGUCCCGGUGGUGAGUUCGAACUCGUCACCAAGACCGACUGUGAGCUGAAGUGA